AUGAGUCAUUCAUCUUCACCAAAUAACAGAAGUUCCAUAUUUGGUUGGGCAAAGAGUUUAAAAAAGAGUCACUUUUUAUCCAGUGAAUCUGUCAAUGAAAUUAGUGAUAAUGAAUCUUUGGGCAAAUCACCUACAAAAAGCAUGAUCUUUAAUCCAAAUUUUAAUGGCAGCGGCAGUGGAAGUGGUAGUGGAAGUGGAAAUGGUGCAUCACAGCCUCAAAAUAUCCCAUUACCACCACAAGGCUCAACAUCCUCAUUAUUCAAUAACCAUCCCCUGUCUCCUCCGCCACAUUCUAAUUCACAUCAUCACAACAUACAACCUUCUAGUAUAACCAACUAUUUAAGCACGUCCCCAACUCCCGGUUCUGAUUUCCUUCGUCCUUUAUUAAAUCCAAGAUCUCGAUCGGCCAAUAAUGUCAGUCGAGUAAGAUCAAAUUCCCUUAAUCAAUCAGAGACAAAUAGUGUUCGUCAACAUCGAGAUUCAUUUUUACAAAGCAAUUCUUUGCUUGAUGAAAAUUCUAAAUAUUUCGGAGUACCUUUACAACAAGCCUUGAAUGAAGCAUCAGCUAAAAUAUCAAUUCUAGCAACAGAACAAGGCGAUGGCUUAAAUUAUGGUCAAAUUCCUAUAGUUGUGGCAAAAUGUGGGGUUUAUUUGAAAAAGAAUGGCUUAACAGUAGAAGGAAUCUUUAGAGUAGGAGGAUCAUCAAAAAGAAUCAAGGAAUUACAAGUUAUAUUUAAUACUCCUCCAAAUUAUGGUAAAAAAUUGAAUUGGGACGGAUUUACUGUCCACGAUGCAGCAUCUGUAUUGAGAAGAUAUUUAAAUGCUUUACCAGAACCAUUAAUUCCACUAGAUAUGUAUGAAUUAUUCCGUGAGCCUUUAAGAAGUAGGAAUAGAAUUAUCAGUUAUAUGAAGUAUAAGGCUGAAAAUCCAGCCAAAUCCUUACCAUCAAAAGAUGCUGCUAUUGCCACCAGCAAUAGUAGUAUUAGCCGACCAUCCCUCCCCCAAAAUGGCACCAAUAAUAAUGCCAACAACUCCACAUCAGAUUUGUUAGAUUCCUCACAAUUAUUAACUGAAGCAAACGUGGGAAGACUAAAUGGUGACAAUGCUCCUCGUAAAAAUUCUGAAGGAUCUUCCAAUAUUUUUUCCCAAACUCCUCAAGUACAAUUGAGUGAGGAAGAAAUCAAUAUUAGAAAUAAAAAGAAAUCAAAAAAUUAUAAAAAGCUCACCAAUGAAAUACAUUCUGCUAUUGAUGAAUACAAGCUGUUGGUUAAUGCAUUACCUGUAGCUUCCAAACAGUUGUUGUUUUAUAUUUUAGAUUUACUUGCCAUGGUUCAAAAUCAUUCGAAAGAAAACUUGAUGAGUUCAAGAAAUCUUGCAGCUAUAUUCCAACCUUCAAUCUUGUCUCACCCAAGUCAUGAUUUGGAUCCUAUAGAAUACGCCUUAUCACAAUCAGUGGUUGAAUUUUUAAUCCAAUAUGCUUACAAAUUAUUACCAAACCACGAAGCAACAGUAUUAUCACCCGAAGCAACCAGUCCAACCACCAAAUCUGCCAUGCCUACACAUAUUUCCACAAACACCGCAAAUUUUGCUCCUACAGAAAGUGAUGUUACGUCAACCAGUACAUCACCAUUAGGCGAAGAAGCUCAUUUAACGAAAGAUGCUUUUCCUCAUGUUCCACCACCAAGACAUCAUUCUAUAAGUUCAGGUCCUAAUAAUGAUGAUUUAGUAUCUGGUUACCAACAUAAUGUCACUGGUUCACUUCCAUUUGAUUCAGAUAUGGAAAGUGAUAUUGGUUCAGAUUUAGACGAAUUACAUUUUCAACAAUUGAAAUUAAACGAAGGGUCUCCAAUUAAAUUCAAUCAAAAAUCAUCAAGUCCCCCAGUUCCAAAUGCAAUUGUUGUAUCUACACCAUCGUCACUGUCGGUACCCCUUGUUAAGCACGAAAUUUAA